AUGCGAACCACGAUCAUCUCGUUCCUGAUCGCCUUCACGGCCACGGCUGCAGGUCUCGUCAUCACCUCACCCGUCGUGGGCCAAAAUGUCGACAAUUCCAAGUCUGUGACGGUGAAAUGGCACGCCGUAGAGACCGACCCUGACACCUUCUCCAUCUACCUCGUCAACCAAAAUGUUUAUCCGCCCACCCAAGAGCUCGUGGCAUCAGAUGUCCCCAAAAACAAGGGGUCAUACACCAUCAAUGCCAAAAGCAUAGACGGUGUCGAUACUGGUCGCGGAUACCAGGUUAACUUUGUCUCGGAUACCGACGCCCAGGCCAUUUUGGCACAGUCAUCGCAAUUCAAGGUGGCUGAUCAUGCCGAUCUGACUGCUAGCUCUGGUAAGGAAACAGCCACUGCUACCGAUUACACUUCUGCUACGAACUCUCUUUCUAUUACCGAUUUCACUUCUGCCACCGAUUCCACUUCUGCUGCUUCUGAAACUACCUCUCUCUCUGCUACAACCUCUAUGACUUCUUUGUCUGCGUCGACUACUUCAGAUUCCUCGACUGCUUCUUCCACUUCUCCGACCACUACUCACACCCUCACCAGUGCCCACAUCUACUUCUACCUCCACCUCCACCUCUACAUCUCUAUCUACUUCCACUUCUACUUCUACAUCUUCUCCUACAUCUACGCAUACAAAAACUACCAGCACUUUCAGCACUUCUACUUCUACCUCUACUUCUUCUUCCCCUACAUCUACUACUACUACUACUACCCAUACCCGCACAAAGACAUCCACCAUGAGCACCACGGGCGAAACCACCAUGACCACAAAGACUCAUUCUUCUACUUCUACAGAGACUUCGACUACUACCUCGCACCAUACGAAGACUAUGACUUCCACUGCCACGGAAGAGGCUACCACAACUUCUAA